ACUAAGCCGGAUGGUAUUUCCGUGCUAACCACCAACGGCCACACUGUUACUUAUAUCUAUCGAUAUUUAUAAAAUACGAUACAUUUCAUUUUCGAGCAGCAAACGCUCGACGGGCAGCGGUGAUUGUGGAGCGAUAGAAACGCCAGCGCCAUGCCCAUAGACAUAGACGCACGACGACCAAGUGCCAAAAGCGAGAACCGAGCGUGAGCGACUGCCAGGAGCAGGAUCCGUAUCCGGGGUCCAUCCGCUAGUCAAGAGAGCGAGCGAGUGAGUGCCAAGCCAAGUUGCAUUUAGUUUGAGCGCCCGACCAACCGACCCAAUCCGAAUCGGCGAAAUGGGCAACAAGAACUCGUGCUGCGCGUACUCCAGUCCGCAGUCGGACCGCAAGUCCAAGGACAUGCCGCCCGUCUUCGAGGAGCGCCACCAGCUGAGUCAUCCGCCGCACACGUCGCAGCACCAGCUGGACGGCCACCACGGAUCCGCGUCGGCGGUGCACCUGCACCAUCAGGGCCAUAAUCAGUACCAGAUCCAGCAGAUCCAGCAGGGCGGCGGCGGUGACAACUAUGAGAACCAGCAGAAUCUGCAGCAUAUCUCCGAGCGGGAGGCGCUGGAGGGCGAGGAGGAUCCCUCGGUGGAUCCCACCGCAGCCACCAUGUUCCUGGAACGAUCGAAGGUGGAGAACGGCGGCAUGACGCGCAAGCGGUCGCAGCAGCAGAUUGCCCAGCAGGUGGGCAGCGGCGGAGGAGGCGGCGGCAGUACUCCCGGAGGCAAUAGUUGCGGCGGUGGCGGCGGUGGGAUGAAGAAGAGCUCCUCCUGCUCGACAAUCUAUCUGGACGACAGCACUGUGUCGCAGCCGAAUCUUAAGAAUACCGUCAAGUGCGUCUCGCUGGCCAUUUACUACCACAUCAAGAAUCGGCAAUCGGACCGGCGACUGGACAUCUUCGACGAGAAGCUGCACCCGCUGACCCACGACCAGGUGCCGGAUAACUACGACACGCACAAUCCGGAGCACCGGCAGAUCUACAAGUUCGUGCGCACGCUCUUCAACGCCGCCCAGCUGACGGCCGAGUGUGCGAUCAUCACGCUAGUCUACCUGGAGCGGCUGCUCACCUACGCCGAGCUGGAUGUGGGACCCUGCAAUUGGAAGCGCAUGGUGUUGGGUGCCAUACUGCUCGCCUCGAAGGUGUGGGAUGACCAGGCUGUUUGGAACGUGGAUUACUGCCAGAUACUCAAAGACAUCACCGUGGAGGACAUGAACGAGCUGGAGCGCCAGUUCCUCGAGCUGCUGCAGUUCAACAUCAAUGUGCCGUCCUCGGUGUACGCCAAAUACUACUUCGACCUGCGCACGCUCGCCGAGGCCAACGAGCUCAACUUCCCCACGGAGCCGCUGUCCAAGGAGCGGGCCCAGAAGCUGGAGGCCAUGUCGCGGGUGAUGCAGGACAAGGUCACCGCCGAGGCCCUGAAGAACGGGAUCAAGAAGUGGUCCUCCAUGGACAACAUCAGUCAGGGCGGGCCGCGACGCAGCGUGGCCAUACUAUCGUGAUUUAUAUUAGCUUACUAAAACCGAACAACCAACUGAAGCAAUGAGCAAUGAGUCAAGAGAUCCGUACUCUGUAGUCCGUAGUCCGAUCGAACGUUAUUUGAGAACCGUAGCUCACCGCUGAAUCAGAUUUAGAUUCUGACUCAGAUUCAGAUUCAUUUCGUAGGCCACCCGAUUGCAUAAACUUCGCGGGCGGCUUUUUAGCCAGCACACUCUAAAGGAACACCUAAAUACGUGCAGAAUCACAGUCUUAUAUAUACACGAAAAGCGUUUUAACCACACACACACACACGUCUCGAAUUAAGGACCACUUUUUACAUAUACAUGCGAUCGAUGUAUGUUAGCGAAACUACCGAUGCAGCCAA